AUGUAUCCCAUCUGCAUCCCUGAUGGACGUUUCUCUGUACAAGAAGGAGCGACAGUAAACAUGAGCUGCACUACUGAGAUAGGAAACCCACCAGUACUGAUACAUAUUCUUACGAACAGUACCAUAUAUGAAUGGACUUAUAUCACAGUUGGUAACGAACGGAUUGGGUCUUUGAAUCUGAGUGUAAAUGCAACUAAUCAAGGUUUUUCAUAUGAAUGUAAAAUCACAUCGACAAGAUUCCCAGGUAUGGAACGAUCAUGCACAAUGGGUCCAAUAUCAAAUACGUCUGAGCCAAGUGAAAGUUCGACAUCAACAACCCUACAUCAGAGUACAUCAGCAGCUACAGAAAUCACAAACAGUCCAAUCAUAGACCCAAGUACAGAUUCCUCCACACGCCAGCCAGAAUCGAAUACUGGUCUUCCGAUUGCCAUCAUAGCAGGAGCCGGUGGUGCUGGUGGCCUCAUACUCCUCAUAGUGUUAACACUGGUUGUACUCUACGUUUGUAAAUGCUGCUGCUUCAAUGAUAAACCAGGCAGACCAUCAUCAUUAUGGCUGACUGACUUACCGUUAGAUGAACCAACCCAAGACCCACAACACACCAACCCUGACUUCGAUCACAGCGAACCCAAGAUGUCCACGAGCGUCUACCAGAAUGUGACUGAUAUGCAAGAAAAUAAAGUUGAUCCAAGAAUGCCACCACAAUCUGCCCCAGAAUCACCCCACCUUGACCCACACGACGACGAGGCAGAAGACUUCAUUUCUCAAAGAAAAUUCUCAACUCACUCUGAAAACAAUGAACACGGUCCCAAAUCUCCAGGUGUCUCAAGCUUUAAAUUAACCAGGUCAGAUGAUCGCAUCACUGACAAGGAAGAUGGGGAGCAUCUUGGAGCAGUAGAGCCAGAUGAAGGAGAUGCUCCUAUGUAUGGAGUGGUGAAGAAACCGAAUCGCGUCUCAAAGGAAAUUAAGAAGAAACCACCGGAGGUUGCGUCAGAUGUUCCAGAUCCCUGGGCUAAUGCUUCCCUCGAUCAGCAUGAGAACAUGAACCCAGCAUCCACAGAGAGUGAGUAUGCAGAGGUGUCAUCCUUAUCUGCUGACCAAGGCCUAAGAGGGAAGCCAACGGCUAUGGUUAAACCUGUGUCCCACACCCCUAAACCACCAGUUCACCCUAAACCUGUCACAGACCGCCAAUCAUCACGACGUACAAACACUAAUCAAGCCCCACCAAGUGUAGACAAAAAGCCCGUCAAGAAGUUUACACCCAGUCAGAGAAAUCCAUUAGGAGAUGAGGUUGGGAAGCGAGAUGAGGCACCUCUGCCUACACCCGUAGCACCGGGUGUACACCCACAACCUCCACCACCGGCAUCGCCUCUCGUUGACCAUGAGGAGAAUGCAUCAGUGGAGGAAUACGGCGAGGAAGGAGGCCAUGAGGUACCAUCGGAAACCCAGGUACCUCGUGAGGCACCAUCGGAUACCCAGGUACCUCAUGAGGCUCAUGCACCAGAUGAUCAUGACGUAACGUACGCUGAGCUUGAGUUUCAAUCUGCAACAUCUGACGCAAUGCCUGAACCACAAGAAGAGCAGACAGUGUAUGCCAGUAUCACGACCAUUCACCAGAAUGCCUUUAUUGUUGAGUGGUCGAGACAUGCCUCCUCUGAAACGCAGUUUAAUGAGGAGAUAGUGGCUCCCAAUGGACAAAGCUUAAACAAAUACACGCUUAAUCGAAAUGUCAGUGAGACUCAUUCGCUGUUCACGGAUGAGGUACAGACCCUGACAUUUACUGCGAAUAGAAACGACACAUCAUUUUUCACUUGCCGUCUGAGGCUACUAGGUGUAAUAAUAGCUACAGACUCUUUGCUGUUACCAGUGCUUUACUUCCCAUCUGCCAUAUACCCCAUCUGCUUCCCUAAUGGUCCUUUAACAGUACAAGAGGGAGCGACAGUAAACAUGAGCUGCACUACUGAGAGAGGGAACCCACCAGUACAGGUACUUAUAUCUUCAAGUUCCACUAAUAAUGUGAUACGGAUACCAACUGCAGAUCUUAAAGGUGAGCCCACAAGGUCUGUUAUAGAGCUAACAUUAAACGCAUCAGACGAUGGUAGUUCGUUUGAAUGUAGAAUCGUUUCUACGGCAACGAAACUCAAUAAUUCUGAAAAUUCCUGCAUCUUUGGACCAAUAACUGUACUUUAUAUGACAACUGAACACGAAGAAAACAAAAUACUGGCCACCACUGCAGUACCGCCUACUUCUGAGAUGACUGUUUUUCAGACAACUUCCAUAUGGAUUCUAGUCUCCGUUCUUGUCGGCGUUUCUUGCAUCCUCGUCACCUUCUUUCUUAUUAGACAUUGUAAGAUCACCAAAAAGAAGGAAACCAAAGUAGCAAAAGCUGAUCACUACACGGAGCUGCAACCAACGGAUGAUGAGAACACUGUAUACAUAGAACCAACGACUACACCUGUCACACAAGAAGCAGAGAAGGAAAGCCAAGAGGAUGGUUACCUUCGUCCACUGCAACAUCCCAAGGUGCAAAUAAGGAACCACCAAGUCGCUGUGCAGGUUGACACAACACCAAGCUCAGAAGCAACUACCACACAAGAUACCCACUACCAAACAGUUGAAGAAGAGACUGGCAGCCCAGAUGAUGACUACCUUCGACCACGGCCACAUGAUCUCAAGGAGCAAAGACAGAACCACCAAGUCAGAGUGCACGUUGACCCAACACCAAACUCACGAACAACUAACACUCAAGACACCUACUACCAGCCAGUUGAAGUAGAUAAGGAAAUCCAAGAGGAUGGCUACGCUCGGCCAGAUGAUCCCAAGGAGCAAAGAAAGAAUCACCAAGUCAGUGUGCACGUUGAACCAACACCAAGCUCAGAAGCAACUGGCACUCAACACACCUACUACCAACCAGGAGAGACAGACAGCCCAGAGUAUGACUACGCUCUGCCAGCAGAGGGCAGCACUAGCACCAGCUACGAAGCUGCCAGACAGCAGUGUCAAGCUGAGAGACCACAUCAGAAUAUUAACAAUAGUAACAAUAACAACAACAACAAUAACAACAAUGAGAAAAGAAGGCGUGUAGGCGUGGUUGUCAGGCCAGUUUUUGACUUUGGGUCAGAGGGUAUCACCAACAUCAGUCAAGCGGCCAGAAAGCCAGAGAAUUUUGCUGAGAAACCACAUCAGAAUGUUAAAAAUAAUAAUACAAAAAGACGGCUUGGUGUUGUUUUCAAUCCUACCAAACACUAACCCUUAAAUGUUUCUAAAGUUGCAUUACUGGUUUUUAAACAGUGAAUUAAUUUGCAUCUCAACUUUUUAAUAGUGCACACACACACAAAAUACCUGAAAAAAUGCAGGUGUUCAUUUUUUGUUGGAAAAACCCACCAAAUUGUAAUAAAAUAAGAAUAAUUAUGACAGGGCCGGGCCCUUGUGCACGCGUACUUUUCGAAACAUCAUUUAUUUAUUUAUAUGAAUGUAACUGCAAUACUAUUGUUCUCGUGAUUUUCAGUGUAAUUUCCAUUUUUAAAUCUUUUUAAAUUAUUGUUAAUAUUUGUAUAUUGUUGUAAUGCGCAUCUGUACAUAUUUUAUGAAACUGGCGCAUAAUAAAUGAAUAAAUUGUUAUAAUUAACUAUCCCCGUACAGUACGAUAACCACGCCAUACAAUGACUUGAAACAUACGUCUGAAAGUCCUUUGAAGAUUAUUUCAAAGAUGCUACGUUAAAAACUUAUCAAUGUUUAAGUUGACUUUCAAUUUCGAUAAAUUUCGAUAAAUUAUUAAGGCAUUUUACGAAUAAAGUUUUGUUUUAAUAAAAAAAACAUUGUUUACGUAUUAUGCUUAGAUGAUGUGAAUGCUUGCACAGUCAGCUACAAUCCAUUGUUUAUUGUGGACGUAUCAAUCAGUUGCAAGCGGAAGGGGAAAAGCCCCGAAUGUAAAACAACACGCAGCUGUUUACUGUUUGUCAACAGAGGGCGGUGCUAUUGUCUCAUUUCUUACCAAAAAAACAUUAUAAGAUGCAAAAUUGUUAAUUUCCUUCAUUAAUACAGAUGGUAAACCAUUGGUCAACAAGUGAAAGGAAAUAGUAAAACUAACCUUUAAAAUAUUUUAGAUGUCAUAGUUUGAGUUGGUAGCCAAUCGGCAUUUGCGUUGAAAGCAGAACCUAAACCCAGCUCUUGCUAGACUUGGUUACAAGUCUGCAAUCGUAGCUUUUAGUCUACCCGAUAGCCAAUACAUUAUUGCCUGAAGUAGCACCCUCUUGUUAGAUUAACCUCAGUCAUCAUAGCUUAGCACGUUAUAGCUAAUCUGUGGGGGCGUUUUUCGUGGCUGAUGCAGAGGAAUAAACCGCGAUCUCAGACUUGAAAUCAAGUCUAAGCUCUUGCUAAAUCACCAGCCGCCAAAACACCCUGAUACAAAGUAAAAACUCCCUGGGAAUGUUUCCGACUGCGGAAGUUGAUUUGUUGUUUUAGUACCAUCCGGAGGAGUGAAUCAUUUCAGUUCCAGGUAGUUAAUACAAUCAAACCCAGUGGACAUUUCAUGAUAUAUAAAGAGCCCGUGUGUUCGAAAUUCGAUUCGAAAUGUAUAUUUACAAAUAUCUUUAAGAAUAGUGGUUUCUCCGACUUAGUCAUAAUAGUAAUGUUUUUGAUUUCUCAAUAUAUAUUUCUCCUAUCACCUAAAAAUAAUAAGGAGCUAUGAAAUAUUGCAUACAUUAUACCACUUUUAAUUAUUUAACUUAUAAAUUUAUUGUGGAUUACAACAGCAACGAUUUUGUUAAAAUCGUUUCACUCGUCAUUAGAAAAUAGCAAUCCGUUUACUUCAACACCAAGUCAAUAUACAGUGCGGUGUUUUUACUUGAACUGUAUAUUUUUGAAGAUCUUUGUGAUAGUAUUUUGGUUUUGAGAUAAU